UGCAGCUGAACCUGGAAUAUUUAUAACCGACAUCGGACGAUAUCUUAUCAGAUCAAAGCACGACAAUACAAAGUUGCUCCCGCUUUCCUUCACCCACACGAAACCAGUGACUGUUGACAUGCCUGUGUCAGUCGAGGAUUUGGAUCGGGCAAUUCGAGCUGCAUUCCCCGUGUCCCAUCUUGAAAUCGAGGAUCAAUCGAGUGGGUGUGGAUCCAGCUAUGCAAUUUUCCUAGUUAGUGAGGUCUUUGAGGGCAAGAAUACUCUCGCGAGGCAUAGAUUAAUCAAUCAGGCACUGAAACAAGAAAUAUCACAGUUGCAUGCGUUUUCUCAGAAAUCCUUCACUCCAGCGCAAUACGCUACGUAUCUAGCGAAAAGCGGUUGACCAAUGAAGUUCUUUUGAACAGCACAAUAGUUUCGCCACAAAUUAGAUGGGCGACACCAGCAUGUUUUUUUUUAGUUCAAGUGGGGGAUGUGACUAAUAAGUAAUACUGAAAUCAACGCUCCAAGUGUAGCCUUCAGAUCCAAUGUGAUGUUGUCUUCUGAAAGUGGACA